GUUUCUGGGUGACGCGAGGCGCGGGGCGUGGCUCUGCGGGCCCGGGCGCGAUGAGGUGGCUGCCCGCUGGGUGGCGCCGAUUUCCCGGGGAGGUCCUUUCUGGGCCCCCGGCGGAGGUGGGGGAGAGGCGGGCUGCAGCCCGAGGCCAGGGAGUCCUCUGCGUCAGCUGCUGCUCACCGCGCCGCGCCAGUACCAGCCGGGACGCAUUCGCAGCUCCAUGCUCGUGCCGGGUUCCACUCGUCCAUCCUCCGACAAGAGGCAGCCCAUGAGGCUCCCAGUCCCCAGUGAGUGCCGCCCUGAAGGAUGUCCCAGCUCUCCUCCACCCUGAAGCGCUACACAGAAUCAGCCCGCUACACGGAUGCCCCUUAUGCCAAAUCGGGCUAUGGCACCUACAGUCCGUCCUCCUAUGGGGCCAACCUGGCCACCUCCUUCCUGGAGAAGGAGAAGCUCGGUUUCAAGUCGAACCCCUCCACCAGCUUUCUCACCCGUCCCACCAUCUACGGCCCCUCCUCCAUCCUGGAUUUUGACCGGGGCCGCCCCCUGCUGAGACCGGAUGUCAUUCGGGGUAGCAAGCGGGCAGAGAGCCAGACACGGGGCACCGAGCGGCCUUCAGGAGGUGGACUCAGCGGCGGCAGUGGAUGCUCGUAUGGAGUAACCAGCAGCUCCCUCGGCUACCUCCCCAUGAAUGUCUGUGACCAGGGGGUGACCCUGAGCCAUAAGAAGUCCAACAGCCAGUCGGACCUGGCCAGGGAUUUCUCCAGCCUCCGGACCUCAGACGGCUAUCGGAUCGAUCCGGGGAACCUGGGCCGCAGCCCCAUGCUGGCCCGCACACGCAAGGAGCUCUGUGCCCUACAGGGGCUCUACCAGGCCGCCAGCCGCCCCGAAUACCUGGUGGACUAUUUGGAGAACUAUGGUCGCAAGGGCAGUGCACCCCAGGUGCUCACCCAGGCCCCUUCCUCACGAGGAGUUCCUGAAGUUCUCAGCCCCACCUACCGGCCCAGCGGCCGCUACACGCAGUGGGAGAAGAGCAAGGUCCAGGGCCCGGGGUCCAGCCGCUCCAGCUCCCCGGGACGAGACACCAUGUCUCUUCCAUGCCCUUGUCCUCUGCUCCGAGACCUGCUUCGCUGGAGCACGGGAUCUGGAACCGAGUUACCUGAGUUCCAUUUGCCACUUGGGCUGCUGACUCAUCUUCCGAAGCCUGGAGUUCCAGCUGUUCAGGGACAGGGAGAUUAUAUAAGUCCAGGUCAUAAUUCUAAGAGUGCCCAGGGUCUGGCUGGUCUCCGGAACCUUGGAAACACGUGCUUCAUGAACUCGAUUCUUCAGUGCCUGAGCAACACCCGGGAGCUGCGAGACUACUGCCUGCAGAGGUUGUACCUGCGCGACCUGAGCCACAGCAGCAACGCCCAUGGCGCCCUCAUGGAAGAGUUUGCAAAACUAAUCCAGGCCAUCUGGACUUCAUCCCCAAAUGACGUGGUGAGCCCCUCCGAGUUCAAGACCCAGAUCCAGAGAUACGCACCACGCUUCGUUGGCUAUAAUCAGCAGGAUGCUCAGGAGUUUCUUCGCUUCCUUCUGGACGGACUGCACAACGGGGUGAACCGGGUCACGGCGAGGCCCAAGUCCACCCCUGAGAACCUCGACCACCUGCCUGAUGAUGAGAAAGGGCGACAGAUGUGGAGGAAGUAUCUGGAACGGGAAGACAGCCGGAUCGGGGAUCUUUUUGUUGGGCAGCUGAAGAGCUCCCUGACCUGUACGGAUUGUGGUUACUGUUCUACAGUCUUCGAUCCCUUCUGGGACCUCUCCCUGCCCAUUACAAAGCGAGGUUAUCCUGAGGUGACGCUGAUGGACUGCAUGCGGCUCUUUACCAAAGAGGACGUGCUUGAUGGUGAUGAGAAGCCAACAUGCUGUCGCUGCCGAGCCAGAAAGCGGUGUAUAAAGAAAUUCUCCAUCCAGAGGUUCCCAAAGAUCUUGGUGCUCCAUCUGAAGCGGUUCUCGGAAUCCAGGAUACGAACCAGCAAGCUCACAACUUUUGUGAAUUUCCCACUAAGAGACCUGGACUUGAGAGAAUUCGCCUCAGAAAACACCAACCACGCUGUUUACAACCUGUACGCUGUGUCCAACCACUCCGGAACCACCAUGGGCGGCCACUACACUGCCUACUGCCGAAGUCCAGCGACAGGCGAAUGGCACACCUUCAAUGACUCCAGCGUCACACCCAUGUCCUCCAGUCAAGUGCGCACCAGCGACGCCUAUUUGCUCUUCUAUGAAUUGGCUAGUCCACCUUCCCGUAUGUAGCAGCAAGGAACUGCAUCCCUUCUCCCUUCCCUGUGGUGACCCGACACCCUAAGUUUUUUAAAAAGACAACAACAAAAAAACCAAAAAAUGAAAAAAAAAAACUUGACAAAUAAGAGAAAAAUAAACUAAAAUAAACUGC